AUGGAAGUCACAGGCAGCACGAGGAGAACCCUGUCCAUCGCUGCAUUCGCCCUCAUGGCGAUGGCUGUGGCGUCGUCCCUGGAGCCGGUGGCGGCGAACAAGGACGGCGACGCGCUGGCGGCGCUGCACAAGGGCCUUGAGGACCCCGACGGCAACCUCAAGAGCUGGGACCCGAGCUUGGUGAACCCGUGCACGUGGUUUUAUGUCACGUGCGACGGCGACAACAGCGUCACCCGUCUGGAUCUUGGGAACCUGAACUUGGCGGGUACUCUGGCGCCCGAGCUGGGACAACUGGAGAAGCUGGUCAGCCUGGACCUGUCGAGCAACAGCAUUUCAGGAGCUAUACCCGCAGCGCUCGGGAACGCCAAGUCCUUGACAUUCCUGCAUUUGGAUCACAAUCGCCUAACGGGGCCGAUCCCAAGGGAGCUUGUUGGGCUGCCCAAUCUUGGAAUUGCAGAUUUCUCCAACAAUGACCUUUGCGGCACGAUCCCGACAGAUGGAGCAUUCCAGAAAAUUCCCGCUAGCAGCUUCGCCAACAACCCGCGGCUGCAUCAGGGGGGCGAGUAUGAACCCAGCUGCUAGAUGGCUGUCUGUCUACUCUGAAUAAUGAUCCAACAGCAGGUAGAGCAAGUGUUCUGAUCCAUGGAUGCAGACCGUGUCACUGUGUCAGGGCAAAAGGCCUUUAAAUGGGCCUAGAUUGUACUACUUGGACAUGAUAUCCAGCACUACUGCUACU